UAUUGUUGAGGUGCAUUAAUGCUAUGGGAUGGAAUGGUCUGCAACAGUUUCAAGAAAAUCUGUAGAAUUAUACUGUGAUAACUUGACUUUCCUAACACACUUGUUAAUAACUUGUUUUUUAUGCAGAAAAAAAAAAUGGCUUCAUCUUCUAUUGAUAAUACGAACUUAAGAUUAAAGCAAAGGUUUUGUAAUUGUGGAAGAAUAGCUUCCAUGCGUAUUGUACGAACCAAUGCGAAUGGAAAUAAAGGACGUGUCUAUUUUGUUUGCCCAAGAAAAUAUGAUUCGAACGACCACUGCAAUUACUUCAGGUGGUUCGCAGAUGAUGACGAGGACGACAUUGCCUCAUCAAUCCGUGGCAAUGCUGACGACGACGACAUUACUUCAAGGCUUGGUGAGCAUGAUAGAAGGCUUCAAAGGAUUGAGAACAUCUUGAAGGCAGUGACUUAUGUCAUUGUAUUUUGUGUAUUUUUGUACUUUUUCAUGUAAAUGACUCAGUUCUUAGGUUUUCGAACAUCUUAUGAAUGUAAUCUACUUUUGUACUUGGUUGCUUAACAAUGUGUAUUAUAUGUGAUGGUUUGGAAAUGUUGAA